AUGUCAUUGCUACUACACCAGUUUCUAAUUGUUUUCUUUCUGUCACCCAACACAGAUGCACAACAAAGUGCCACCGUGCCCAUUCCUGUGCCUGGCUCUGGUUCUGACCUGCUCCCCCACUUCCUGCUAGAACCUGACGAUGUUUAUAUUGUCAAAAACAAACCUGUGACUUUGACCUGCAAGGCCGUGCCGGCCACCCAAAUUUACUUCAAAUGCAACGGUGAAUGGGUGCACCAGGGUGACCACAUCAUACAGCGCAGCAAGGAUAAGAGCACCGGCCUACCCCUCAUGGAGGUACGGAUAGAUAUCUCAAGGCAGCAAGUGGAGAAGAUCUUUGGCUUGGAAGAGUACUGGUGCCAGUGUGUGGCCUGGAGUUCCUCCGGCACCACCAAAAGCCAGAAGGCCUUUGUGCGCAUUGCGUACUUGAGGAAGAAUUUUGAGCAGGAGCCAGUGGCCAAAGACGUCUCCCUUGAGCAGGGAAUUGUGCUGCCUUGCCGCCCUCCAGAGGGGAUUCCACCUGCUGAAGUGGAGUGGCUGCGCAAUGAAGAACUUGUGGACCCAACACUGGACCCCAAUUACUACAUAACGCUGGAACAUAGCCUGGUGGUGAAACAAGCUCGCUUAGCCGACACAGGCAACUAUACCUGCGUGGCCAAGAACAUAGUGGCUCGCCGUCGCAGCUCACCUGCCGCCAUCACUGUCUAUGUGAAUGGAGGCUGGUCGACGUGGACGGACUGGUCAGCCUGCAGCACCAGCUGUGGACGGGGCUGGCAGAAGCGGAGCCGGAGCUGCACCAACCCAGCGCCACUCAACGGGGGGGCCUUCUGUGAGGGCCAGAAUGUGCAGAAAAGUUCCUGCGCCACCCUGUGCCCAGUGCCUGGUGGUUGGUCAGCCUGGAGCUUGUGGUCAGUAUGUGGUGCUGACUGCACACAUUGGCGCAGCCGUGAAUGCUCUGAUCCAGUGCCUCGUAAUGGUGGGGAUGAGUGCCAGGGGCCUGAACUGGAGACCCGCAACUGCACCAGUGAAUUGUGCACACAUGAAACUGGUGGCUCUGAGGAUGUGGCUCUGUAUGUUGGCUUGAUUGCUGUAGCCGUGUGCUUGGUAUUGCUGCUUCUGGUGGUAACCCUUGUCUACUGCCGGAAGAAGGAAGGGCUGGAUUCAGAUGUAGCUGACUCUUCUAUUCUCACUGCUGGCUUCCAACCAGUUGGCAUCAAGCCCACCAAAGCAGAUAAUUCCCACCUAUUGACCAUCCAGCCUGAUCUGAGCACCACUACCAUGACCUACCAAGGCUCACUGUGUUCACGCCAGGAUGGGCCUGGCAAGUUCCAGAUUGGCAACGGGCACCUGCUUAGCCCCCUGGGCAGUGGACGCCACACUCUUCACCACAGCUCUCCCAGUGCUGAUCCGGUAGACUUUGUCUCUCGAUUCUCGACCCAGAGUUUCUUCCGCUCCUUGCCCAGGGGUGGUGCCAACAUGGCGUAUGGAACAUUCAACUUCUUGGGUGGACGUUUAAUGAUACCCAACACAGGUGUCAGCUUGCUCAUCCCACCUGAUGCCAUCCCACGGGGGAAAAUCUAUGAAAUCUACCUAACGCUGCACAAGCAAGAGGAUGUGAGGCUUCCGCUGGCAGGCUGCCAGACUUUACUGAGCCCCAUUGUUAGUUGUGGCCCUCCGGGGGUGCUGCUCACCAGACCUGUUAUCCUAGCCAUAGAUCACUGUGUGGAGCCAAACCCUGAAACCUGGAACCUGCGCCUCAAGAAGCAGUCCUGUGAGGGCACAUGGGAGGAUGUACUGCAGUUGGGAGACCCAGGAUCUUCUGAACUGUUCCAUUGCCAGUUGGAACCCCAAGCGUGCUAUGUCUUCACGGAGCAAUUGGGCCGCUUUGCGUUGGUGGGAGAAUCACUCAGCAUGGCUGCCUCAAAGCGCCUGAAACUGGUUCUCUUUGCACCCACAACUUGUACUGGGCUGGAAUAUGAUGUCCGUGUAUAUUGCCUCAGUGACACCCGUGAUGCACUUAAGGAAGUGGUACAAAUAGAGAAGCAAAUGGGUGGACAGCUGAUCGGUGCACCCCGAAUCUUGCACUUCAAGGACAGUUAUCACAAUCUGCGUCUCUCCAUCCAUGACGUGCCCAGUUCACUGUGGAAGAGCAAGCUCCUAGUCAGCUACCAGGAAAUUCCCUUCUACCAUCUUUGGAGUGGGCUGCAGCCCUAUCUACACUGUACCUUCACGCUGGAGCGACUCAGCACCAACACAUGCCAAUUGGCAUGCAAAAUUUGGAUCUGGCAGGUGGAGGGUGAUGGGCAAAGCUUCAAUAUUGACUUCAACAUUGCCAAGGAUGCACGGUUUUCAGACUGGCUACCCCCAGACAAUGAGGCUGGCUCUCCUGCCCUGGUGGGCCCCAGUGCCUUCAAGAUUCCUUUUCUUAUCCGCCAGAAAAUCAUAAGUAGUCUGGAUGCCCCAGUGGCUCGUGGGGCUGACUGGAGAGCAUUAGCCCAGAAGCUGCACCUUGACAGCCAUCUCAGCUACUUUGCUUCAAAACCAAGCCCAACAGCCAUGAUCUUGAACUUAUGGGAGGCACGUCACUUCCCCAAUGGAAACCUCAACCAGCUGGCUGCUGCUGUGGCUGAAGUGGGCAAGCAGGACAGCUCCCUUUUCAUGGUUUCAGAAGCUGAGUGCUAAAGCCCUAGGCAGGGACAACACAGGCCUCAGUCUGGAGAUGAUGAGGGGGCACCUCCAUUUCAAGGGUCACAGCAUCUGUACUUGUCCUGCUUUGAAUAUGCCUGUGUGCCCUAUCUGAUCCUUGUGCCAAAUUCAGCCAGAAGGCAAACACACUGGGCUCAGUCUCCAGAAGCCAUGGAAAAGGCUACCAAAUCCCUACUCUGCUGCUACCAAAGCAGUUCUGGAACUGGUUGGGGUAGGUCUGUUUUUCUACCAAGUAGGCUGGCAAGCAAGUCUGAUAUGCUGACAUCUGGCUUGGAUAAUUAUUCUAGAGCUUUCUUCUACUCUAGCAUGGGAAGCAAAA